UGUCAUCAGAAGCGACGGUGAUAUAUAUUGCUAGCAAAAAUAUUCCAACUUUCCAAAUGUCUGAUGGAAAUCCCGGAAGACGGCCGGGGAAACCCCAGUGACGUCACACCGAAUCUCCCGUCGCCAUGUUAUUAGAGAUAGAGUUUGUUGUCAUUUUGUGACAGUUUCAGUUUUUACGUGGGUUCAGGUUUUAAUACACGAAACAUGUCACUUGAAGAUCCAUUUUUCGUCGUCCGAGGUGAGGUGCAGAAGGCAUUGCAGACAGCUGGUGGGUUGUAUACACGCUGGAGGGAGCUGCACACGCAGACCGGAGGGGGGUCAAAAGAAGAGCUGGAAUGGACCACAAAUGAACUACGGAACAGUUUGAGAAGUAUAGAAUGGGACUUGGAAGAUCUAGAAGAGACUGUUGGGAUUGUCGAAAAAAAUCCAAAGAAAUUCAAAAUUGAUGAAUAUGAGCUGAAAGAAAGACGCAACUUCAUUGACAAGACCAAAUGGACAGUGAAGGAUAUGAAGGAUGAGUUGUCCAGUCCAGGGUCGACCAAACCUCGGGAGGGAAAUCCAAGACAGUCCCUUCUGUCCGCCAAUGGUGCAAAUGUUGACCGGUACACUCGCCUUGACCAAGACAUGGAACGAUCCAAUCAGAACUACAUCGAUGAUACAAGUCAGCAACAGCAGUUGCUGAUGAGGUCCCAGGAUGAACAGCUGGACAAGAUUGGCUCCAGUGUUGGCAUUCUCAAGAACAUGAGUCAGCAGAUUGGAUCCGAACUAGAAGAUCAGAAUUUGAUGCUUGAUGACUUCCGGCAUGAAAUGGACAACACAGAAUCAAGAUUAGAUGUUACCAUGAAGAAAAUGGCGAAAGUUUUACAUAUGUCUAAUGAUAGACGGCAAUGCUGUGCAAUAGUAGUUUUAUCAGUGAUUUUAGUGAUUGUGAUAAUACUGUUCUUUGUUCUUGGAUGAUGGCAAGUUACCAUCAUGUGACUGAGACAUUCCAUAUGCAGUGUAAAGUUGUCUUAUUAAUUGGAAACUGGUACGCAGACUCUCAGAUCCUCAUGCAUCAUGUCCAUGAUAUACAUGGAGACAACAACCAAGAUCUACCAGUAUGUGUUGUCCAUGAUAUCUGCUGGUAUUGGGGACAGUGACCAAGAUCUACCAGUAUGUAUUGUACAAGAUAUCUGCUGGUAUUGGGGACAGUGACCAAGAUCUACCAGUAUGUCUUGUACAAGAUAUAUGCUGGUAUUGGGGACAGUGACCAAGAUCUACCUGUAUGUCUUGUACAAGAUAUCUGCUGGUAUUGGGGACAGUGACCAAGAUCUACCAGUAUGUCUUGUACAAGAUAUAUGCUGGUAUUGGGGACAGUGACCAAGAUCUACCUGUAUGUCUUGUACAAGAUAUCUGCUGGUAUUGGGGACAGUGACCAAGAUCUACAUCCAUGUCUUGUACAAGAUAUCUGCUGGUAUUGGGGACAGUGACCAAGAUCCACAUCCAUGUCUUGUGCAAGAUAUCUGCUGGUAUUGGGGACAGUGACCAAGAUCUACCAGUAUGUGUUGUCCAUGAUAUCUGCUGGUAUUGGGGACAGUGACCAAGAUCUACAUCCAUGUCUUGUGCAAGAUAUCUGCUGGUAUUGGGGACAGUGACCAAGAUCUACAUCCAUGUCUUGUGCAAGAUAUCUGCUGGUAUUGGGGACAGUGACCAAGAUCUACAUCCAUGUCUUGUGCAAGAUAUCUGCUGGUAUUGGGGACAGUGACCAAGAUCUACAUCCAUGUCUUGUGCAAGAUAUCUGCUGGUAUUGGGGACAGUGACCAAGAUCUACAUCCAUGUCAUGUCCAUGAUAUCUGCUGGUAUUGAGGACAGUGACCAAGAUCUACAUCCAUGUCUUGUACAAGAUAUCUGCUGGUAUUGGGGACAGUGACCAAGAUCUACAUCCAUGUCUUGUACAAGAUAUAUGCUGGUAUUGGGCACAGUGACCAAGAUCUAC